CUAGCAUGGCGGAACACGGAGCAGGAAUUCCGCCUAUGCGCUGAUGACAGCGUCGUGGAGCGGGGGGGUAACAUCGAUAAUGACCGUCCCGCUGGCGAUACAAAUCCGUUGCCCGGCGACGAGGAGCGACCCCUGACGGCAACUAAACCAGCUGGGAGGCAACUUGGCAGCAGCAGAACAUCCGGACACACACACACACACACACACACACACACACACAGCUGUUUGGGCCACCGGCUGGGUUCAGACUUGACAGACCGAGCCGCUUCUGCCUCUGAUGCUCUGAGUUGGACCGGUGCCUUUUUUUCUCCCUCCACUUAACCUCCUCGUUUGGAUAAAAGUUGUUUACAAUUGUUGGAGCAUUUCAGAAACAUCACUAUGGAUUUAUUCGAGGCGUUGCAUUUGGACGAAAUGUCCCACGGACUGGCAAACUUGUCCAUGUUUCCAUACUUUGACAUGGCGCACUACAUCGUGUCAGUCAUGGCUCUGAGGGAGCAGCCAGGCGCCCUCCAGCUCUCCAGAGUCAGCCCGUUAGCCUGCUGGUUCAGCUCCAUGCUCUUCUGCUUCGGUGGAGCCGUGCUGUCGGCCAUCAUGCUGGCCGAGCCGGCCGUGGCGCCUUUGUCCAACAGCACCAGUGUCCUGCUCGCCUCCAUCAUCUGGUACCUGGUGUUUUACUGCCCCAUGGACCUAGUUUACUGCAGUGCCGCCCUGCUGCCUCUCAGACUGGUGCUGUCAGGUAUGAAGGAGGUCACCAGGACGUGGAAGGUGCUGGGAGGGGUCACCCAGGCGCACGGCAAAUACAAGGACAGUCUGCUGGUCAUGAUCGCCAUCGGCUGGGCUAAAGGUGCUGGAGGAGGUCUGAUCAGUAAUUUUGAGCAGCUUGUUCGAGGUGUUUGGAAACCAGAGACCAAUGAGCUCCUCAAGAUGUCUUACCCCACUAAGAUCACCCUGAUCGGGGCGGUGCUGUUCGCUCUGCAGCACACCCACUACCUGCCUCUCCAGAAGCACCACCUGAUGCUCGUCUACACCGUCUUUACCGUCGUCAACAAGUCGAGGAUGAUGCUGACGGGCUCCUCCACCUCGCCAUUCGCUGUCAUUGAGUCAGCCGUCUACAAGACCCUCUUCACCGGCUGCUCCCCUUACGCUGCCCUCACCGACGAGGUAAAUAAAUCUUGUAUCGAUAACGGCGCCGCAAACGCGUCGACCUCCACCGCAGCCAAAAGCAAAGAUUCCAGUGAGAACGGGGCGGCGGGGAAGCACCCCCCGGUCUCCCCUGCGAAAGGACAAAGUGAAUCACUCAAAGCCAAAGACGAGUCAGAGAAGACAGAGACGACGAGCUGCAAGAAGACCGACUAGUCAGCCUCUGCCCCGUAGCGCCUUUUCACCUCUAAGCCGGGUAGUGGAGUCAUUUCUGAUUCAGGUUUUGUCAUGUCAGGACUUCAAACUUGUUUUUUUCCGACUGCUGAAGAAGAAUUUCAAUAACAGCUGACUCCAACCAACCCUGCACCUUAUCGCGGGACAAUCACCCCUUCCUUAAAGUGCUGUGAAAAUUCUGCUGUCGGAUGUGGAAUCAAACUAUCCUCUGGCUGAAUGCACACUAGCAGUACAUAAAGUGUAGCUUAAUUUGUAAUCUAUAUUUAUAAUGAAUGCAGAAUGAUCAUUUUAUCUCUGGGUUUUGGGAACAAUGCUGUGCACCUGCUGCUCGAUGAAUGUCUGCCGUUGUUCUCUCUGUAAUCUGCUUCGUGUUAAAUGCUGUAUUUCCUACUUUGAAAUGGUUAAAAAUAAUUUUGUAAAAGAGAAGAUUAUAUUCUAUGAAACAGAUGUUCUAUUCUAUUUAUACUAAAUAAUUGCACUCUUUCUUGGAUGUAUGACAUUUAAAAAUGGACGACAACCUUUUUUUUUUUGGUGAAUGCUUUGAAAUACUUUUGGAGGCAUGAGAAUAAAAAAAAAACUGCACU